AUGGUGAAAAAUAAAUUGAUACAAGACGGGGGCCAAAAGACCAGAGAUAAUUUUUUUCGCAAAACAUUAUCGAAAAAAGUUGUUAAACCUUCAACUUCAGGCGAGGGUUCUGAUGAUCUUUUCGCCAAGAAAAGACCUUUUAAUAAAAAUAAAUGGCGAUCGGAAAAAUACAGUUUCAAAAAUAAAUUAGAAAACUGGAAAGACAAGCGAACGGAAUAUAUCAGACACGGUUAUUAUAAAGAGCAAAAUCGUGAAAAGAAUAAAUUUGACGUGAAUAAAAUAUAUGAAGAGGAGGAAAGAAGAGAGAAGAGGGAGGAUGAAGAUACUGAGCAAGUGAAGGAAGAAAAUGGACUUAAACGCCACAAGAAGAGUUUCAAGGAGCGAAUCCAGGAGGAAAAGGAGGCGAAAAGAGCCGAAUUUCUGAGGAAGAAAGCGGAAAAGGAAGAAGCGUUGCAAAAGUACCAAAAGGCGAAAAUGGAAAAGUUCAAGAAACUGAACAAGAAAACAAAAAGGGGGCAGCCGGUCAUGAAAGGACGAAUAGAAUAUUUACUCGAGAAAAUUCAAAGAAGUGUGUCAGACACUUGA